GACAACAGAAAAAGAAAACAUUCUUCUUCCGGAGCUGCCAAUAGUACAGGUACGGGAAAUACUAUGGGGCCGUCCCCCAACUCUCCACCAUCAACUCACACACCUGGUGAUGGAAUACCUACUUCUAGCAGCAUGCAGCACGCAAACAGUGUGCCUAAGAGCUUGAUGUAUGGUGCAGAGGGAACAGGUGGUCUCGUAUCAUCUACGAAUCAUCUGGUACACCCAUUUAAGUUUUCAUGCGCAGAAUUUACUCAUUCAGUUUCUAGAACCUGUGCUUCAGCUUUGCCAAUAUAG